AUUUUCAUAUUAAUUAAAAAUCUUUAACAAAAGUCAUCGCUUAGAAUCUUUCUCCGUUUCAACGCGUCAAGCGAGGAAUUCCGAUCCAUAGGAAAAUCACCAGUCGCCGGUAACUUUAUUCAUCCAAAGAUCUAUACAGGAAUUUGUGUAUCUGUUCUGAAAGAGAUGUCGGCUGGGUUUGGGGAAGUGCCGAGUUGGACACCCCAACGCCCAUCUACUUCAGAUGAUAACAGUGCCAACAAUGGUGAUGCUGGAAAUUUUGAAUGCAACAUAUGUUUUGAUUUAGCCCAAGACCCGAUUGUUACUUUGUGUGGUCAUCUAUUUUGCUGGCCAUGCCUUUACAAAUGGCUUCACAUUCAUUCACAUUCCCAAGAAUGCCCGGUUUGUAAAGCCUUAAUUGAAGAAGAAAAAUUGGUACCGUUAUAUGGAAGAGGGAAGAAUUCAACAGAUCCAAGAUCGAAAUCCGUUCCUGAUGUCGAGAUUCCUCAUAGACCUGCUGGCCAGAGACCGGAAACCGCCCCUCCACCAGAUAGAAAUGCAUUUGGUCAACCUGGGUUUGGAUUGAUGGGUGGUUUUGGCCCUGCAAUGACUGCAAGUUUUGGGAACUUUACUUUUUCGUUUGGUGGGCUGUUUCCAUCGUUUUUCAAUCUUCAAAUGCAUGCAUUUUCUGGUCAUCCGUUGUAUGGAAAUGGGGCUCCUCCUCCAAUGCAGGCUCCUCCUCCUACAACGCCAACACAUGGUUUUAACUUUGGCGGCCAUCAUCAUCACUAUCGAGUCCCUCAACAAAGAACUCACCAUCAGGAAAUUGGGUCAACUACAGCUUCAACACUUUUAAUAAUUGGUCUCCUUUUUCUCUUGCUCUUGCUUUGGAACUGAGUUCUGAUCGUAAAUCAGGUAAUUGGAGGACUCUAGCCCGGUCGUAGUGCAACACAAUCUCAAAAUAUUGGGUAAUUACUGAUUGCUAGGUUUUCGUAUCUCUGUAAAGGAAACUGGUUGUUGGAUCAUGAUUUAUGUUUAUGAGGAUAUCUUGAGCUUGUUGAUACUCUAUAUUAGUAGUAGAUACAUAUCUUCGCAGCCUUCAACCCAAAUAUAGAACUGCCGUACUUGUAUCACUUUUUUUUUUUUAUAUUGGUUUUGUCAUUAUUUUCA